AUGCAGGGUCGCUUUGUACUCAUUCUAUUCUUAAGUAUUUUCAUUAAUAUCUAUCCAACAAAAGCUAAAGCAACAAGUGCGACAAGAUCUAGGGAUAAUCAUAAACCUGCUCCAACUGCAGAAAUCAGCGACGAAAUUGUGACUGUUCUAGACGAUGCUGUUAGAUUAGCGGAUGCAGAACCUGAACUUCAUUAUGAUUCUCUGAUUCCAACUUCUGAUUCAAAAUCAAAACAUGAAUUGGAGCAUAGUGCAGAUGGAAUUGGACGAAUGAGGCGGAGUUGUGGAGGUGGUUGUGGAGGUGGUUGUGGUUGUGGUUGCGGCUGCGGAUGCGGGGGUGGAUGUAGUUGCUGCCAGAAGUCAUGUUGUAGCACCACCACUACAUGUACUACUUGCACUACAACGUGCUGCAAAACAUGUUGUCAACAGUGCUGUCAGUCAUGCUGCGGCUGCGGUAGUUGUGGUUGUGGUUGUGGUUGUGGUGGGGGAAGUGGAGGUGGUGAAGGAUGCGGUGGUCGUAAAAAGCGAGAAAUUAUGGAACUUUUGGGAGGAGGAAAUUUGAUACGUGGAAAACGCUCACCGAAGAGCCGCCGCAAAUAUACUACUGAUGGUGCACCAAUCAAGAAGACAAUUAAGGUAUAG